CUGGUUUCUUCGUCUUACCAAUCUUUGAUUGCAGAUUAUCCGGUAUUCAUUUUAUGGCAUGAAGGAGGCGUUUGGUUUUGCACCUUCAUUGCUCCUAUGGCUAAGGUAUAGCACAUUCCUCUUGCUGUAUGUAACAGGCAUCACUAGUGAAGUUGGUUUAGUCUAUCUGGCUCUUCCUUACAUGAAGGAAUCUGGGAAGUAUUCUUUUAGAAUGCCAAACAAAUGGAACUUUUCUUUCGAUUACCUCUAUGGAGCGAUGCUUAUUCUUGCAAUCUACGUGCCAGGAAGUCCACACAUGUACCGCUACAUGCUUGUUCAGAGGUCAAAAGCUCUCUCAAAAUCCAAAAAAGAGUAGGAAAAAAUGAAGUUAAUGUUAUUCUCGGGUUCAGUUUGUCUUAAUUCAGUGUACUUUCCGCAUAUUUAUCCUUAAUUUUCAUUUUUGAUCCUUAAUUUUUAUUUUUGAUUGGCUUAGUCUUGUUAAGGACAUUUUGUUUCCUCCCUUAAUACAUUUGUCUACCGAAACUCUUAAUCAA